AUGUCACUCAACGUCAUCAGGGAAUACAUUGCCGAUGACGCAGAACGACUCCUCGACUCUUUACCAUUACACAGUUCGAUGUCAUGGAUCCCCUUUUCUGCAGCAGAGCCUCCUAUCGCCCUAGUCCUCGGUACUGUUGACGGGUACUACAUUCUCGCCUUCCUUGUCAGACUGCGCGGUAGACCAAGUAGCUUGGCUUUCUGUCAAAGGCGGAUCAAAAACUCGGGCGAUCAACAAAGGCUUCAGCAAGACCAAGUCAUGCAGUAUUCGCUUAAUGCGCCGUUCAAGUACAAUACCGAUGUCUCCAGAACUGGGGAAAUAAGAUUUAGCCUUGUCAUUUUGUGGUACUUUCUGGCAAAAGAACUAAUUGACAGUGCAUUCAACGGCAAUGAUACAGAAAAAAUUGAAUGCUUUCACGAUGCACUAAAGAGGAUCGACUUGGGACAGCGUACAGAAAAAGGGAGUCAGCGAGAGGACCAAUCUACACAUGAGCGCCAAACACCACCGAUGAUUGAGGACAGUCCGGAACCUGAAAGACCCAAAACUCCAUACAGUUUUCGCUCGCGAGAGCGUGGUCGCAACAGAUCAAACGCAGACGCUCGGGAAACGACAAACGAGAAGCUAAGUGCGGAGCUCGAGACAUUGCCACCAGCUGAUGCGAGCGAAGAGGAGAAUUCGGACUUGAGGAAGCUGAUUGAACAUCUAAGACAUUAUAGCGCGCUAUAUCUCUUGGACAACCUCACCGAACCGGAAAGAAUCCCGUUCGAGAACCAGGACCGAUUCCCGGAAGCCCAACCAAAGAAACUUUCCCUCGGAAAACAUGCGAAAACUCAUGAUGCAAUAUAUGCAUACAUGCGACCGAGAAAAGGCCCCAGAGCCUAUCACGAGAUCAAUUUCUUUGUCGAGGGAAAACGAUAUCAUGUGGGCACAUCCAUCGAGCAAAGUGAUACUGCGCGAUUGACACUGAUCGUUAAAUGGUACUUCAUCGUAGCUGGAAUAGCAAAGGAUGUAGUGCUCAGAGAAACAAAAGCUUAUCCGGAGCGAUUCAAGGCUGCCCUUGAGUUCAUCGCUGAGCGUAUGGGAUCUGCCGCCGCCACAGCACCCAUUGAUACAUCCCCAUGCCUAGAACCCGAUGACAUAGAACCCGAUGGCACAGAACCUGCACCAAUCUCAACAACGCCUCCCCCCGCAUCCCUACCAACGACACGUCCUAAUACGCCCUUGCAACUAUCAGAUGCGCAAACGCCGUCCCAAGGUACGAAGCGGACUGCUGAAGACGCCGAGUUUGAGUGCCUUGAACAAAUAUUCUCACAGAAUACAGACUUGACAAACCAGAUCAACGAAUUCGAUCAGAAACUCGAUAUACAUGAUGUGAAGCGAGCAAACUUUAUGGAAAAGUGGGAGAAAGAACUUGAUGACAUGCUGGCAAUGAGGGAUCAGCUUGACGCUGAGAGGCGUGAUCUGAGGCGGAGUUUCAAGAGGCGGAGUAAAGCUUUUGCGGAGAAUUAUGAGGAUGAUUAG